CAGAAAAGAUGCCGGACCGAUCCUGGCGUCUGCUUCGGUUGCUUUGCUGGAAAACGCGGGGCGGCUGACCGCGCUAGACCAAUCCACCUCCGCAUUCCCAAUUCCCAGGGGUGACCGAAAAGGACAGCUCGCCGGCCUGAUGCCGGGAUGCUGGGAUGUAUCGCAUCGCAUGCACAGUGUUGCUACAGCAUCUGUAAUGCCAUCCAUGGGUGCUACCAUGGCGCUACCGUGCGUUGCGCGACCUAGCCACAGGACGCCGGCCCCCUUUUCCCCUGCUCUAGAUCGCCUCGCCCCAUCACGUCGGCACACUUGUCAAUGCAGCGGACACGCCAAUGCGGCAAGCACGCCAAUGCAGUAAACAUGUUGGUGCAGCAAGCACCAGCCACAUGCGGAAACAGCGAAAACAGUGCAUCCAAAGCGGCGGUGGGAAAUACGAAGAAAAGAUACCCCUGGACUGGGAGAGUCGGUCUAGACUUUGACCAUGGUGGACUCUAGAUCUUGGUGAGACGGGGAUGAUGAUCUGACCUUUUUGACGCGGGAGACUUCAGAGGUCUUCUUGUCCACCGUCACACGUGUGCUUUCGAUUGUGGUUGGCGGCCUGCGAUCUGGCCCGUCGGAAUCCACGUAGCUCGGUUGGAGCCCGGCUUCCGGCAACCCGCCAAGAUUUGUGUCCAGAAAGGCCGCCCCGGCCAUGGCAGGCAAAAAAGUGGGCCGGACCUGCGGGUUGACCGACGGCGAAGGGUCUAGGUGAAUUUGGACCGCACAGGACGGAUAUUGGGCCGGGGAGGGCCGUCGACUUCACCUCGUCACGCAUCCUCCCAGCCAGUCGUUGUCCCAAAGCCAGCCCGCCCUGCUCUCCUCAAUGGAUUCAUACAACGCCACCUGUCUCGGUGGCGAAUUUGUUUCCCAACACACAUUUCAGGGCGCACAAAAACGACAUAAGGCAACGUGAGGGAAUAUUCUUAGCCAGUCGGGCAAGCGCCGCAAAACACACGCAGGCGCCGCGCGCGCACACACACACAAGGCCUGGGCAGGGAUGCAGGUACGGGAAACCAAAGCGAGACACCAGAGCUCGCCUGCCCGUCGUCGUCAUUCCAUCUGCCGUAGACGGCGUUCGCGUGAUUUCCCUUCUUCCCAGAUUGCGGGGAAGCGAGGGUUGGGAAAGCCCAACCCAGGGGCCCGACGACGGCCAUGCGGUGGGUUCGACUUGAUGCCCGGGCGGGGUGGGCCCCAUGAUUGGGCUGCCUUCGUUGGGCGAGGGGGGAACGACCGCGCUGAUACGCUGCGAUGUCACCCCGGCCGCGCUGAGCAGGAGAGGGGUGGUGGAAAGGAGUGGAAGGGCAAGGAGUGGAAGGUCUGAGCGAGGACAGCAAAGAUCGACAUGGGAGAUGAGGUGCCGGGGGCAAUAUCACGUGUAUAUCAUGUGAUGCGCACUUUCGGGACUACACAUUGGAGCCUCGAUGAAACAAUUCCUUGCUACAACAUCUAACAUGACAGGAGAGUCCUUGGCGAUGCCUAUCACAUUAGACAAGAGAGCCAGUUGCAGUAGCCCUCCAAGAAUCGAAGACAUCAAAUGGGGCGUCCCAAGCCCGCCCUCCACGUCGUAGCCGUCCACCUGCCACAGCGCAGCCUCUUGGAUAACAGUGCGCACCGUCUUCCAGCUGCAAAGCCGCAUCUUGCACAU